CUUUGAUAAAUUGUUUAAGAGGACUGAGCAAAAAUGGAAGAAAGUCCAUCAUUUUCAGUAAAUCAAACUCGAGUUGAUUAUGACUCGGGCUACUCUUGUACAUCAUCCCAAUCCAAAUCCAGUGAUAAAUCACGUCACCCAGGACUAUCCACGGAAUCAAGUUUCGAAGAACAGAAUUCGACUAUAUUAACAACUGAAAAAGACGGAGAAAUGUCAACUUUGAACUCUAAACCCGCCGAACAAUCAAAUCAAACUAUAUUAAGAGGUUUGAACACUAUAAAUAAUCAAAACCCAAGUAAUACUUGUUCAAAAUCUAAACAGAAAAAUUCAACAGCAUUUAAGCCACAAACGAAUCAAUUAUUUAACGUCGAUGCUUCUAUAUCAAAAAUGGAAUCUGAUGAUUUAAAAAAUUUAAAUAAUGAAAUUAAAUUAGACCAUAAUCAAGAAAAUACGUUUUUGCAAUUAUCUUACUUGUGCCAAUCAUAUCGGGAUUUAAAUCAAACAAACUCAACUUCAAAUCCUAAAAAAUCAUUUACUAUUAUAGAUACUGUUCUAAAGGUAUUAAAUGACUAUGAGUUACAAUUCAAGGAAAUAAUUGAAUCAAAUGAUGUUAAAAAUAAUUCAUUUGGUGUUGUUGUGUCAAUGACCAAUGGUCUAAUUAUUAAUAUAUCAAAUAGUGUUCACAAAAGCAUGGGAUACUCAAAAGAAAUGUGGAAAGAUCGUGCAUUUAUUGAUUUUAUUCAUCCUAAUGAUCGGAUAACAUUUGUCAAUCAUAUGACGUCUAUUCUUGUAGAUCCUUGCACAAUUUCUAGAGGAGAUGGUGUAUCUACGGUGACUUAUUUGAGACCCAAAACUAAUGAUGGAUUUUACUGCAAUAUGGGUUAUUCAAAAUCUGAAAACAAAAAUAAUUAUCAAGUGUGUAAGCUUACAAUAACAUUCAAAGAUUUAUCAUAUGUAUCGACGACUCCAAAUUUGACACAAAUAGCACGACCUCAGUUAGUUCUAGUUGUUAAAGCACAAAUAAUUCAUUCAGCAUACACGUGUUCUGAAGAGAAAAUAGAAAAUCCCAUUCAAUUUAUUACUAAACAUAAUGCAUUAUUUGAAUGGUGUUAUGUUGAUAAAUUCAUUACCUCAUAUUUUGGAUAUCUACCACAAAAUAUUAUUGGUAGAUCAAUUUUCGACUAUUACUGUAAAGAAGAUCUAACAACUAUCAAAGAAAUUCACACAAAUUUGAUUAAAUCUAAAAAUAUUUCAUUAAAAGGAAAUCCUUACCGGUUUAAGUGUCAAAAUGGUGAUUUUGCAGUCGUACAAACAGAAUGGUCAAAUUUCGUAAAUCCUUGGUCUGAUCAAGUAGAGUUUGUAAUUGGUAAACACAAAGUUAUUCAGGGUCCAAUUAAUCCUAACGUCACAACUUUGGCUCAUAAUACUAUUACAAAAGAUAUAGAAACAAAGGAUGAUUAUAAAUUUAAUGAAACGCCGAAGGACUUUGAAAAAAUGACAAAUGAGAGUAAAGAAGUUGCUGAAGUUUCAUAUGAAACAAAACAAACAACGGAUACCAAUUCAGAGCAGCAAAUAUCGAUGGACUAUAAAAACUUUACGCCGUGUAUGAAUUGCUUUGUACAUCCAUCAGUUCAAGUUCCUCUUAAUGUCGAAGUUCCACCAGAAAUGUCUGGGAAUUAUUCUGACAACGACUCUCCACAUUUAUUUCAAAAUACCAACUAUGAAAGUAAAUCUAGUUCCGAUACACUAUUAAGUUAUACUGAACUUAAUUAUAAUGAUAACAUACAAAGAUUUUUCAAUAGUAAUUUAAAAACAAAUUCAUCGGAUGAAUCGAGUUCUUCUAAAAAAUUUGCUGCGAGAGAAGUUACUUCUUAUGAAACAGAUACAAAUAAAGUACAACCAGAUACAAUAUCAUCGUUUCAAAGUAGAGCACCAGUUUCAAAUAUGAUUAUAACUCAAAAUUCACCUAAUUAUGAUUCAGAACAAAAUGCAAGUAAAAAUUGUCAACUUACUCAAAAAAUGCUUUUACGUCAUAAUGAAAAAAUGGAAUGUGAUCUCGUGAAACAACAUAAAAAAAACAAAUCGUCCAAAAAACAAAAUUUGUCAAAUCAAGCAAAAUACAUUUCUGAUAUAGUUCACGGCAUAAAACGUAAUAGUUCAACUGUGAAUAAAUCAUGCAAGCUUUCGAAAAGAAAAUGUCUUUCAAACAUCAGUGGUCAUACUAAUGUAACACAACCACUAGAGUGUCAAAAUAUUGAAACUACUCCUACUGUCGCUCGAUCAACGCAAGUUUGGUCUUUUUGUCAAAUUACACGAGAUUCACAAACAAUGACCGAUUUACCACCAAGACAGAUUUUACCAAGCCCAUGCCAAAAAUUAGUGUUACCAACUCAAGCACUAAUUGUACCAUGCCAACCACUUAUUUAUAAUGUACCACUUAGUAAUAAUGUGAUGCCUGUUCAACCUACAUGCGAUAUAAUGGACGAAAAGUUUGGAAAUAUUCAAGAAACAGUAUCUGACAAGUUACAAUCAUUAAGUAUGCCGAGCCACAUAACUGAAAAUUCUCAACUUUUACAUGUCCAACAACAGUUGCAUAUAGAACAUUUAUAUCAGAAUAUUGAAAAUAAAACUGAAGCUCCAAUUAUAUCGAAAACAAAUAAUCAGAAUAUUCGAAAGAAAACAAAAGCAACUCAAGUAAACCAAGAAGAAAUUAUAACGAGUUCUGAUUCCGAUUGUAAAAAAGAAACCGAGAGCUUAAGAUCAAGUAGUGGAUGGAUGUACGAGGAAAGUAGUUAUUACUCAUCAAGUUUACGAGAUAAAACCGAUAGUAGUGAAAAAGAAGAUUUUCCAUUGCUGAAUGUAUUUGAAAAAACAAAUUGCUCUCAUCAGUUAAUUAAAAAGCAACCAUUCUGGAUGGAAGACAUCGUAACAACACCAGAUCUAGUCUAUCGAUACCAAAUGGACUAUGGAGACAAAAAUGAAGUGUUGCGUAAAGAUAUUAACACGCUAAAUACAUUCACUCAACCUUUGUUAGUGAGCGAACAGUUGAAACAAUUAUGCGUGGAAAUAGAUGUAAAUGGUUCUUCUAAAACAUCAUAUUUGGAAGACGGAACAUCGUCAAGCAGCGAUGGAGAUGAAUGUUACAUUUCUAUUGGAAAAAAUAAAAGAAGAAGAAUUGAUUUUUGCAGAAUUGCAAUGAUUUACGAAGAAAAUGCAUUAAUACCACCACCAACCUCGCCACGCAAUAAGUAAGAUUUAAGCAUUUUGUUUGUCUUAAAGAAAAACUCAAAUUACUAUUACUAUAAAUAUGUACUUAUGUAAGAAUAUCAACAAUUGAUCAUUUAUCACCAUAAUAAUUUUCCAUAAUGUAAAAAGAUAUUA